AUGGAUCUUGGCGGUGAAGGGCAGGUUGACUUGAUUAGCUUGGCAGCGCUGCCAAAGCCAGAUGUGAAAUUGCAGCAAAAAUAUGAUGCCAUGGGUCUGCCUGACCCGGUGGCCUUUGCCUUGCUCACUGCUUUGGGAGCCAUUCAGGACCCCAUGGCGUUGUUGAAUGAGAUGAUGUCCGCUGCUCAGGCGGCCUUCACCCCCACCUUCGUCCGUGAGGCGGCCGACAGCGCUGAGCUUGAGCGCCUGGCCAAGCAGGUGAAAGAAGCCGCCGAGCAGGCGAGGGCAGCCACAGUGGCUGGAGGUCUUUCCACCGUUGAGGGGGCUGCAGCCCGAAAUGUCGCGCAAGCCUUUGCGCAAGCAGAGGACGAAGAACAGCGACCAGCGGUCUUGGGACAAACCCUGAGCUCCUUGUUGACGGGACGGGAGCGAUCGACCGUGGACACAGGGCUGGCGCUGCCGACGACCUUGGACAAGGUGGCGGUGAGCCGCCUGCCGCUGGGCACCAACGAGGCACAUGUGCGCCUGGAGUGUGCCAAGUAUGGAGCAUUGACAGCCGUGGUGCUGGAGGACACCACAGCGUAUGUGUGCUACAGCUCUUCCGACAUGGCCCAAUUGGCCGUCCGGCGAAUGGCCAACAAGGCGGGUCUCUUCGGAGGCACUGAGCCAGUGCAGGUGAAGCUCAUCAGUGAGUUGCCGGAGAACGUCCGAAGCCAGGCAGCACCGCUAGCUCCAGCCUUCUCUGCUGAGCAGCCAAUCAAUGCGGCCCAGCUGCCGGACUACCUGCGCGCGCGGAGCUCGCGGAGCCCAAAGAGGCGCCAGAGUCGCUCCACGCGCCGGAAGAAGCGGAAGAGCAGGAGGUCGCAGCGGUGCUGA